ACCGGUCAUCAAGCCAGUUGACUUCCUUUUCCGCUGUGAUCAAAUCAAAGAUGGUGCAGCGACUUACUUUCCGAAGGAGACUGUCCUACAACACAAACAGUAACCGCAGGAAGGUAUCAAAAACACCUGGUGGCAAACUUGUCUACUUGUACAAGAAGAAGUUAGGCAGCAUACCAAAAUGUGGAGACUGCAAGGCUGUUAAAUUGCAUGGUAUCACACCAGCAAGACCUAAGGAACUUAUGUCCAUGUCAAAGAGAUUGAAGACAGUGUCCAGAACAUACGGAGGUUCACGGUGCCACAGAUGUGUCAGAGAUAGGAUCAUCCGAGCUUUCCUUAUUGAAGAACAGAAGAUUGUGGUACGUGUACUCAGAGCACAGGAAGCCAGCAAGAAAUCUUGAUCAUGUUACUUGUAGACUUGGUGUAAAUAAAGAGAAAAAUCC